AUGUCCAAUCACACAAGAGUGACUCACUUCAUCCUCAGGGGCUUCUCAGAUGUCCCGCACCUGAGAUUGGUGGUCGUCCCAUUUUUCUUGCUCAUUUACACAUUUGGCCUCCUGGGGAACCUCUCCAUCAUCACGGCUGUGACGAGAGACAGUCGNCUCCACUCUCCCAUGUACUUCUUCCUGAAGAAUUUGUCUUUCCUGGACAUUUGCUACACCUCAGCCACCAUUCCCAAGGCAGUGGUGAUAUCCCUCACAGGCUCAGGGGUCAUCUCCUAUCAAGAGUGUGCAGCACAGCUCUACAUAUUUCUCACAUUCUCUUCUUCUGAAUGCUUUCUGCUCACAGGUCUGAAUGACAUCUGCCCAGAAUCUUCUGGCUUUCAUAAUCUCUGGGGAGANGUCAGGUUGGUCUCCUAUAUUGGCAUUGUGGCCACAGUUCUUCGCAUCCCCUCAGUAGAAGGCAGGUGGAAAGCCUUCUCUACCUGCUCCUCUCACCUGACCACNGUCAUCUUGUUUUAUGGAACUGGAAGCUUUGUGUACCUGAGGCCUGCCUCUCAGUACUCCCCGACACUGGGUCGCCUGGCAUCUAUUUUCUACUCUGCAGUCACACCGUCUCUGAAUCCAGUUGUCUAUUGUCUGAGGAACAAAGAUAUGAAGUCUGCACUACAGAAACUUUAUUGUGGGAGGAAGUACUGA